AUGGCUGCCUCCAUCGCCACUGUCUCGAUGCAGCGCUGCGGCGCCGCCUGCAGCACCAAGCCGGCCGGCCAGGUCCUGGUGGUGCCCGCCCUGCGGAGCGCCGCCGCCGCCUUCCGCGCCAGCCCCGCCGCCGCCGCCCGUCGCGCCGCGCCCCUGCGCGCCGUGGUGGCCCAGGCCGUGGCCGCCCCCGCCGCCACCCCCGCCGCCACCUCCGCCAAGAGCCAGUACGAGCUGCAGACGCUGACCACCUGGCUGCUGGACCUGGAGAAGAACGCGGUGAUUGACAACGAGCUGGCCGCCGUCAUCUCCUCCAUCGCCACCGCCUGCAAGCAGAUUGGCUCCCUGGUCAACCGCGCGGGCAUCUCCAACCCUCACGGCCUGGCGGGGCCGGAGAACGGUGCAGGGCGAGGACCAGAAGAAGCUGGACGUCAUCUCAAACGAGGUCUUCGGAAACUGCCUGCGCAGCAGUGGGAUGGGGCUGGCAGCGGGGCGGCCGCGGGGCUGGGGCCCGGCGUGGGGCUGGCGGCGUGCGGCCGCACCGGCGUGAUUGCCAGCGAGGAGGAGGACUUGCCUGUGGCUGUGGAGGAGACAUUCAGCGGGGAGUAUGUGGUGGUGUUUGACCCGCUGGACGGCUCCUCCAACAUCGACGCCGGCAUCUCUGUGGGCUCCAUCUUCGGCAUCUACGAGCCCUCACCGGAGUGCUCCAUCGAGGACAUGGACGACCCGGAGGAGAUGAUGAAGAAGUGCGUGCUCAACGUGUGCCAGGCCGGCAACGAGCUGCUGUGCGCGGGGUACACGCUCUACUCCUCCGCCACCAUCCUGGUGCUGACCGUGGGCAAGGGCGUGUACGGCUUCACCUUUGACCCGCUGAUUGGCGAGUUCAUCCUGAGCCACCCCAACAUCCGCAUCCCCGACAAGGGCAAGAUCUACUCCUUCAACGAGGGCAACUACCAGAUGUGGAGCGAGGAGCAGAAGAAGUACAUUGACAGCCUCAAGUACCCCGAGAAGUGGGGCGGCAAGCCCUACUCCUCCCGCUACAUUGGCAGCCUGGUGGGAGACUUCCACCGCACCCUGCUCUACGGCGGCAUCUACGGCUACCCCGGCGACGCCAAGAACACCAACGGCAAGCUGCGCCUGCUGUACGAGUGCGCACCCAUGUCGAUGAUUGCGGAGCAGGCCGGCGGCAAGGGCUCCACCGGCUUCCAGCGCGUGCUGGACAUUGUGCCCGAGGCCGUCCACCAGAGAGUGCCCCUGUUCUGUGGCAGCAAGUGGGAGGUGGAGUACUUGGAGAGCGUGCUCCAGGGCAAGCCCGAGCCCAAGUAGAGAGCGGAGGCCUCCCCUCCCGCUCCUGCACUGCUCGCUGCUGCCUCGACGCAGCCUAUUCUUUCUUAUUGUCUCGAGAAGAUGACCCGUCCCACCCUUCCACUG